CAGCACAUAAUAAUGCAGCAACCAGCAAUACAAUAGUGCACUCUCACUCCCUAUAAGUCACCCACUCACUGCACCACUCCUCGCUGCCAUCAUUGCGUAUUAUCAAUGGCGACCACCGAGCCGGAGCACCGCCGCGACGAAAACGACGACGACAGCGUGACGGCGGAGGAUGAGGACACCGGAGCGCAGGUCGCUCCGAUCGUGAAGCUCGAAGAGGUCGCCGUCACCACCGGCGAGGAGGACGAGGAUCCCAUCCUUGACCUGAAGGCGAAGCUGUAUCGGUUUGACAAGGAGGGGAACCAGUGGAAGGAGCGUGGCGGCGGGAACGUUAAGCUGCUGAAACAUAAGGUCACCGGGAAGGUGAGACUAGUGAUGCGCCAAUCCAAGACGCUCAAGAUCUGCGCAAAUCAUCUCGUUCAUCACAGUUUGACGGUACAGGAGCAUUCUGGGAAUGAGAAAUCGUGUGUGUGGCAUGCUUCUGAUUUUGCAGAUGGGGAAUUGAAGGAUGAGCUGUUCUGUAUUAGGUUUCCCUCUGUUGAGAACUGUAAGGCCUUCAUGACAACUAUGCAAGAAGUGGCAGAAUCACAAGGAGAAGGGGAGGAAAACAAAGAUGCUUCGGCUACUGCCGAUCUCCUCGAGAAACUAACUGUUGGUGAAGACAAAUCAGACGAGAAAGAGCCGGAAAAGGUCCAGAUCACCAAGAAACUAACUGUUGGCGAGGAUAAAUCGGAGGACGAAGAGCCGGAAAUGGCCACAAACACCAAUGAGAAAGGUGAGCAUGAUGUAGAAGCCUGAGGAUCAUAAGAUGAAUCAGCUCCACCAGCAUAGAAUUUAAUGUGGCUGGUGAAUGAUUUGUUCUCUCAUAGGUUGCUGAUAUGCUUAAAAGAUUGGUAACCUAGAUUGGAACCUCAGGAUAUAGAAUGGUUGGCAUGCAGUAUGGAAAUGUGAUGGACUGUGUAUCUGUUGAGUACUGUUUUUGUUCUGGUUUGCAAGUAUGGUUGGAUGGUUUUGUGAUUGUGGGUUUUCAUCUUUCUCAUGUUUCCUUCAAUUGAGUUGUUUUUGUACUUUUAAAAAAAGUUUUUUUUUUUUUUUGGUUUUUUACGACAAUUAUACAUUUAGGAUAUGUGCUAUGGUUUUGUUGUGCCUUUUCAUAUUAUUUUUUAAAAAAUAAUCGGAUGCCUUGUUCUCUGUCGAGUCA